AUGGAACAGCUACUUUGCAAUCGAGCCAAUGAAUUCGGCGACCAUCUGGCUAUUAUCGAUGGAGAGCAUAGUUUCACUUAUCAUGAACUUCUGGUCAAAGCGAGCAUUUUGGCUUUGAACCUCCUCGACAAAGAUUUGAACAUCGAAGAGCCCGUCGGUAUUAUCGCUGGCCCAGGCUGGCACCAAGUCGUUGCCCAAAUCGCGGUGCUGAGAGCAGGUGGAACUUCUACACCUAUUGAUCCAUCUGUCCCUGAUGCUCAACUACAUUCUAUGCUCUCAGAGCUGGGCGUUCGAUAUGUCAUGACUACAAACAACACAUCGGCAAAAGUGUCCCAAUUUGAGGUUGUUUCUAUCGAUGCAGUCCUGGAUACCAAAGAUCUAGACGAUGAAGACGGCGAGAUACAGCCACUUUCUGGACAGCCAGAAGGCCACAGAAGUCAUAUUCUCCAUACCUCAGGAUCAACUGGAAAGCCCAAGGCUGUUCAAAUCUCUUCGAAGGCGGUGCUCCACCUCACCGACUCCCUCCCGAUGAAAUUUGGUCCAGGAGAUAGAAUUGGAGAGCUCAACAACCCAGGUUUUGAUCUUUCUUUCUUUGAAAUUUGGGUCGCCUUGCUCUCGGGCUCUACGGUGGUCCACAUUCCAAAUUCGACCAUCAAAGAUCCAGUUUCCUUUGCAGAGUUUUUGAAAGACAAGAGCAUCACUGCAGUCAUACUGCCCUAUGCCCUCCUUAAUGUGGUUUCCACAAACACCCCUUCCGCUUUCCAACAUCUUCGGCAUGUUAUAAGUGCUGGCGAGUCACCUAGUUUUCAGACAAUGCAAAGUAUCCUCAGCAGUGAUGGCCCUCCUGAAAAUCUGUGGAAUGGCUAUGGUCCGACAGAAACCACGUGUCUUUCAACAUUGCAGAGAGUAACUCUUCAAGAGGCGGAAUCCGAAUCUAUCAGUGCCGGACUCCCAAUUGGAGAUACCGUGGUGCACCUCUUGGAUAAAGAUCAGAAGCUUGUUGUCGAAAAUGAAGCUCCUGGUGAGAUAUGUAUUGGAGGACCAGGGUUAUCCGCCGGAUACCUGAAUCGCCCAGAGGCAAAUGAAGAGAAAUUUAUCGAGGUCAAACUUGCAAAUCCCGAGGAUAACAGUCAAACGAAAACUGUACGACUUUAUCGGACUGGUGAUAUCGCGAUGUGGAAAGGCGAACCAAAAAGCUUGCACUACAUUGGACGUGAAGAUCUCCAGAUCAAACGGCAGGGUUUCCGUGUUGAGCUAGAAGAAGUUGAGCGGACGAUUACAUCAAAUGAGGCCGUUGAAGCAGCGGCCUGCGUAUAUGAGAAAGCCGAUGAUACUCUUGCGUCAGACCGUCUUACGGCUUUUGUUGUUCUCGCAAAUGACGCUUCGGCGGACCCCGAUUCAAUCACCAAAUGGACGCAAAGCCACCAUCCUCAUUACAUGGUCCCUGAUCAAAUCAAAAUUGUCUCUGAGAUUCCGUUGAAUUCCCGGGGCAAAUUCGAUCGUGGCGCGUUGAAAGAGAUGGUCAAAUCCUCGGACUCUUCUGGGUCUCAUGUGACUGAGGACAACGAUAACCCACUCAGUAUGGUUACGAGCUUGUUGGAAGAAAUCCUAUCAAACUCUGAAAUCCGGCCCGAUGACAACAUCCUUGCUCUCGGUCUGUCGUCUUUGCAGCUUGCACGAUUUCUAGGUUCGAUUAAGCAAAAAUUCGGAACUUCACUGUCGAUGAAAGAUCUAUAUAGCAAGCCAACAGUGGAGGCUGUUGCUGAACGCCUUCAUCAAACCAAUGAGAUAAGUUAUGGACCGUCUGAGAUCUUACAACUUGAAGCCGACAGCCAUCUGGCCGAUGACAUUCAAUUGAUUCCCGAAUGGCCGUCUGAGGGCCGUCUAUUCCUCACAGGGGCUACCGGUUUCGUCGGAGUCAAUCUUCUUUAUCGAUUCCUCGCCAUGCCAUCCAUGAAAGAAAUAGCAUGCCUCACUCGAGGUACUGAAGAAGUUUCGCCCUUAGACCGGAUUAAGAACACGUUCAAAAAAUACGACAUGUGGAACGAAGACGUUUCCAAGAACUUGGACAAGAUAAUAAUUCUGGACGGGGAUAUGACGAAGGAUCGCCUCGGUCUUUCAGAAAGCGACUACCAAUGGCUCAUUGGCUGGGCACCCGCCGUCUUCCAUUCAGCUGCGAAGAUAAACUGGUGCGAUACAUAUAGCGGACACUACGCGCAGAACAUUAUAGGCACCAGGAACAUUCUACGGGUUGCAGCAGAAGGGCGCAGAAAGACGCUCCACUACAUCUCCACCAUCGAUGUCUGGGCAGUCACUGGUCUGAUCCUCGGAACAGAUGUUGUGACCGAAGACGGUCCUCUCAAGACCCAUCUUGCCUCCCUGCCAUUCGAUACCGGCUAUGCGCAAAGCCAGUGGGUGGCCGAUGAAAUGGUGCAGAGGGUACGGGACAAAGGUCUCCCGGUUGUGAUCUACCGUCCUGGAUUUGUCGUCGGGGACAGCAAAACAGGCGCUGGAAAUCCGGACGACUUCUUCAGCCGGAUGAUCAUAGGAUGCAUCCAAUUCGGGUAUUAUCCGCAGCUGGAGUUCCAGAAUCAGGGAUAUGUCACUGUGGAGUACGUGUGCGAUGCCAUUGUGCACAUCGCUUCGAGUAACUACAAUAUUGGACGUGCCUUUACGCUGAGUGUACCGGAUAAAGAUCUGAUUACCACUAUGGAAGAUUUGUGCGUGAUGAUCAACCAAGCUGGAUUCCCAGUUGAGCAAAUCGCGUACCAAGAUUGGUUGGAUAAAUUGCAAGCUUGGAACUCGCUCGAAUCAAGCCCUUUGCUUUCUCUGAUGCCCUUGCUUGCGGAACCUGUUCUACGAGGCGCUACGCGUCUUCAGACAAGCAAAUAUACACCAGUUUAUGACUGCACGAAUACUUUGAAGGCGAUUUCUGGUCGUGGCGAUAUUUCUCAUGUCCCGCUCUCACCUGAGCUCAUCAGAAAGUUCAUCGAUUUCUGGAUAGGCAAAGGUAUGCACAGUCUUUGA